UGUCUUCCUUUAAACAGACACACAAUGAGUGUAGCAGAGUCACAACAGGAAUACUUGACUGAGAAGAACACAGCGGGCACGCUGGAGCUGCCUGACUUGCCCCUGCAGAAGGGCUCUGUGAAGCUCCUCACGCAGAGAUGGGAGUGUGCCAGUGCUCCAAGAUCCAGCUUGACACUCCGACGCCUACCAGCCCUGAGGUCUCCAGUACCAGAUAAAACAAGACAGAGCAGCACUGUAGAGAAAGUCCUGGCAGACAGCGAGAAGGUGGAGGUGUUCAAGGAGGAGCCCCUGGGUGGCCCUCGCCAGAUUGAGCGCUCCACCAUCGCUGUAAAGGAGCUGCAGAGCCGCUUUGAGAUCCUGGGUGGCAGAAAGGAAGCAGAACAUGAGAGAAGUUCACUUUCAUCAACAUUGAAGAGUCAUCCUGGAAGCCAAUCUGACAUCUUGAAUGAGUCCAGCGUGAAAAGGGGGAGAGCAAUCUUUGAGAAGAUGUCAUCAGGAAAUGGACAGAACAACCUUGAAGUGGGUCAUCGCAAACGUGUGAGAGGAUUACCAGAAGAGAGUACUCCCAAGGCUGGGAACACAUUGAUGGACUUUGAUGAGACCGUCUCCUUGAAAGAAAAAUUGGCUCUGUAUCAGGCCGCUGUGUCCAAGGCAGAGAGCAGCAACUCCUCUUCUAGUACUCCAGAGAAAACCAAAUCCUCUACUGUGUCUGGGGGCCUGGCAUCAGUAAGGAAAAGAUUUGAGAAAGGGAAGACGACCUCUUCGAACAGGACCUUUGCUCAAUACCAGCACCACCAGAGAUCUGCACAGGAGACAUCCAGUAUCAAUCAGCUUAAAAUAUCAAACAGCACGAGGGAAGCUGGAUGCAAUGGAAUGACCUCCAAGGAAAGUCUAGUGGAAGCAUUUCAACCACAAGAGGUUUCUCUUGGGGAGCAAGGAACACCUGAGACAAACAAGGCUUCUACAUUUACACAGAGCACUGAUGAAACAGUAACCAGUGCAGUUAUGAAUGAGGACUUCCCAAAAACUUCUACACAGAUUUUAAAACAGCAUUUUGAAAUGACAGCUCAGGAAAACACUGUACCCUCUGACAGAGAGACUGCAACACCUGCAAAAAAUGUACAGAAACUACUGUUUCAGGAAAAUGAAAUAUGCACACUCUGUCAGCAGAGAGUUUAUCCAAUGGAACGCCUAGUCGCCGACAAGCAAAGUUUUCAUAAAUCAUGUUUCCGAUGUCACCACUGUGGCAGUCAAUUAAGCUUGGGAAAUUAUGCAUCUCUCCAUGGACAAAUAUAUUGUAAACCCCAUUUUAAGCAACUUUUCAAAUCUAAAGGAAAUUAUGAUGAAGGUUUUGGACACAAGCAACAUAAAGAUUUAUGGAAGCCUAAAGAUCAGUGUAGCUCAGCUGGCAAAGUUCACACUGAAGAAAUAAAUCCGAUUAAUCAUAUACCUGUUGAUCCUAAACUUCUCAGAGAGACUGAUCAAGACUUGUACUCAGGUACUGAAGGCAUCCACCCUAAUAUCCUGGAUAAUAAUUUGAUAAAAUCCACAGAAAGAGGAAAAUUAAAAAUGACAUGGCCUCCUUCAACAGAUGAUACAGCACAUAAGAAAACAUACUUUAUUGAAGGAUCAGCAAAAGUAAAUAAGCUAAAGUGGCCCCCAGAAGGUUUGGCUCAAGAAGGUUCUAGCUUACAUGCCAGUAAGCCUCUGGACAAUGAAAAAAAUCUUCAGAAAGAAAAUGCUCCAGAGCAAAACAAGAAUGACACUGCAAGUACACAACAAAAUCAACACUCAGCCUUUACCUCCCUAUCUGCAAAAGAAGCCACAAGUACCUGUAAAACUAAGGGCAAUAUGGGAAAAGAUGAGGAAAUUAAGAACAAAACAGGUGGAUCAGAGAUUAGGGAGGAAAGUGGGAAGGGUAUUAACGAGAGUGAUAAUGUGACAGGGCAUAGUGCUGAGAAAGAGCAAGAGAAAAAUAAAGCUAGUGAUCUCGAAGUUGUACAGGUUACUAAUAUUGAUGAUGAAGCAGUACAAAAGAAUCACAAAGAGUUCAGUUUGAAUAGUAACAACAACAACAACUAUGCCAUAUUUCCACAUCCAAACAUUUGCAGGCAGGAAACGACUCUCACAGCCACAUCUAACCAAAUGACAGAAUUAAGCCAUGCAAUUUGCACUACAUUGCAGCAUGCCUUUGAAAAACUAGAAAAUCAGCCUGGAAAUGAAGAAAUACUUCAAAUACAUGAAACUUUUGAGAGCUAUUCUAGCAAUACAGUAACUGCUUCACUAGAUGAACAGAGUUCAGAAGAUGCUGGUACUUCUAAUAGUCUUGCUCAAUGUAAUAAGGAUGCCACUUGUCCAAAAUCUUAUACUAAUAGCACAUUUGUUUUAAAGAAGACAACUAAGACAACAUUCCCUGUUGAUACUGAGUUGGUAUGCAUUGGAAAAGAAUCAAGAAGUGACAAAAAUUUAAAUACUAUUUUAUAUGAACAUGUGAAAGCAUUAUUUCUUAAAGACAACUACUUUGUUUUAGACUUUAGUCUAAUAGACUCUGUAGACAGAACCAGAUAUUCCUCCAGACCAUAUUCAAAAGAACAUAAGAGUUGUAAUAAGAAACUGAAUGAUAUUAAUGUCCAUCAAGAAGACGAAAUAGGUGAAGUGUCCAAGAAUGACAGAAGCACACCUUUAGAGUUACUGAACUCAAGAUAUUCCACCUAUCCAUCAUCCCAAGGAGAGAAAGUCCAAAUAGCUCACCGUAGAAGAGCAAAUUAA